UGUUCAGGAGCAUAAAACUUCCCAUGAAGACACAGGUUUUCCAUUCACAACGGAAUACUAGACUUCCUUCCUAAACACUGGACUCCAAAUGAUAAGGCCCCCAAAUAUUCUAAGGUGGUUGUUGCUUUACCCCAGAGAGCUGUAUUUCCUGAGAAAAUGCCAACCACACAGAAGACGUUGAUGUUCCUGUCUGGCUUUCUCACAAGCCUUGGCUCUGUUGUUGUCAUCUGCUCAAUUCUGGGAACGCAGGCAUGGAUCACCAGCUCUAUUUUCUUCACAGAUGUUAUUUCCAACGGUACCAUUGUCAUCACCUAUGGUCUUUUCCGUGGUACGAGUGCUCGGCAUUUGAAUGAAGGCCUUCAAGAUCUGGACAAAAACUUUGAUGUUUUAGGGACAUUGGGAAAUUCUUCCCAGAAGACUCUGCAUUUGGUGGCCAUCAUAUUCCUGGUCCUGAGUCUGGGAGCUGCCUUAUUGAGCUCAGUGUUCACCUUCUACAACAGCAUCAGCAACCCUUACCAGACGUUCCUAGGUCCUGUGGGUGUCUACACCUGGAAUGGGCUCAGUGCAUCCUUUGUAUUCCUGGCCAUGGUACUGUUUGUGGGGAAUGCGGAGUCCAACCAUCUCUCAGAAGAGCUGUCCCAGAAGUUUUAUCCAGAGAUCACCAAUGAGAGAACAACCCACACUUACGGAUACUCAUUUUGGCUCAUUCUACUUGUCAUCUUUCUGAAUAUUGUCACUGUGGUCAUCAUCAUUUUCUAUCAGAAGGCCCGAUACCAGCAGAAGCAGGAGCAGAAGAAGCCGGUGGAAUAUGCUUCCAAGGAUGGCAUUUUAUUCUGAGUUCUGUCUCACAUCACAUUUGCACUGUCUCUGCCAGCAGCAACUGGCUAGCUCCCUGGACAAUCUGCAUGGCAGAGUAACUGUCCAGUUUGAUAGCUUCUGUAACCGUGACACAAUGUCCUUCCUAGACAAUGCUUGCACAUUUCUCCAUGGAUAUCCACCCCCAAAGAGUUUUCUCAUGAGGGCUGGGAAAUGAGUGGGGAAGUCUGUGGUCUUGAGUGCUCCAAGAGGGGGUGGUCAGGGGCCUGCAGGCCCUUCCCUCUUGACCUUGUUAUCCACAGUAAUAAAGGUCUGAGUUUUUGUCUUCUCAUGGCCAGUUUAAAGGACUGUAGCCCCCAUGAUCUUGUCCUUAGGAAGGAUCGGGUAUUUCACUCCACUAUAGGAAUAAAGGCUUUUAGGCACCUAGGUAUUCUGAACUUGUUUAUUCAGAGUCAAGAGUUAGAUACAAAAGGAUAAAGGAUGAAAUGACCUUGUUCUAUGGUUCCUCAGUGGCUGUCCUGGCUUGCAGGCUUAGUUCCUUUAAUGAGGAUUAGACAUAUCUAGAACUCAGGCCUUGGGAACCCCUGCAUGAACAGGUUAGAGGUGAGAUAUAGUCAUGGUGGUCAGUUUUUCCAGUAGAUAGACAAUCAAUGAAAAGGGGAAGGCACCAAAAUUUACUCUACAUGAUGUUCCAGGAAGACAUUUCCUCUGAAAAGCUCAUUGAGAACCCUUCAGCCUUGACUAUUUUGCAAGUUGCCAGAUAGAACUGUAAAGUGACAACUUCCAUGUGUGAUGGGGUCGUGAGGCAGCAGCUCUGUGACUAGGAGUGGAUCUUAUGAAGUCCUCAAGGAUAAAUGGCCUCCGACAACCAGAUUUAGACAAUGUGGGCUACAGCUCGCUGAGUCCUCACCCUCGUGGAGUUUACUGGUGUGCCGUCCAGUCAGACAUCUAAUGAGCACUUACUUGAUUUCAAUGAAAACAGUUGCUUAGGGUUGGGGGCCAUCCCUCCAUUGUAGAGUAAGUGCUCAACAUGCUCAAGGCCCUGGGUUUCAUCCCUAGCUCUGUGAAAGUGAAACAAACAUGUAGUUACAAAAUUGUGCUGUGUUUUGAAGGGACAGUCUGGAUCACAUUUGAAGACCUACUAACUUAAGAUUACUCGUAUCUAUUAGACUAUUAAAAGUUUACUAUACUUCAUUUCCUUCAUGUGUGCACAUGGGCAAAGGCCAUGGUAUGUGUGUCUGUAUAUCUCUUUGUGUGUGGAGAUCAGAUGGCAAGCUCCAGGGGUUGAUUCUCUCCUUCUACCAUGUGAGACCUGGGGAUCAAACUCAGGUCAUCAGGCUUGGUGGCAAGUACAUUUACCUACUGAGCUAUCUUGUGGACCUACUAUUAAAUUGUUACACAUUUUUGAUUUGGGCAAAAAUGGCUUAGUGGGUAAAAGUGAUUGCCACCAAGCCUAAUAACCCUAGUCCAUUCUAAAUGACCCACAUAGUGGAAUUUGCAGGUUGUACUCUAACCUCCAUUCAUGAAUUGUGGCGUGUGCAUGUCCAUGGCCCCAGCCAUACUUCCCUAAAUAAUGCACAAAAUAAAUACAUGAAUAUAAAACAAAAUAAA